UAAAAUAUUUCACUUUAUGCAGGACUGUGGCGCUGCUUUUGUGUAAAAUAGCGUGUUCCAAUUUGAGACAGGGACAUUAUUAGUCCAAAUCGCUGCUGAGAAUGAGUGGAGGCGUUUACGGAGGAGAUGAGGUGGGAGCUCUUGUGUUCGAUGUUGGAUCAUAUUCACUCAGAGCUGGCUAUGCAGGAGAAGACUCUCCGAAGGCGGAGAUCUCGACGCCGUUGGGUUCCUUAGACAACAAAGAAACAGAGUCCUUGGAUCUUGACGGAUUAUCGUCGGGAUCCAUCAGGGAUGGAAAGAAGAAAUACAUCGUAGACAUAAACUCACUCUCAGUUCCCCUGGCUGGCGUUGAAAUGGGAAACCCCCUGAAGGACGGCAUGAUUGAUGAUUGGGAUAUGUAUGGUGCCCUCUUGGACCACACCUAUAAAAGAUACAUCCAGUCAGAUUCCGCCGAGCAUCCAGUACUAAUGUCAGAACCCCCAUGGAACACAAGACACAAGAGAGAGAAACUGACUGAAGUCAUGUUUGAGAAAUACAGCAUUCCAGCUUUCUUCCUGUGCAAGAAUGCUGUUCUUACUGCUUUUGCCAACAUACGUUCCACAGGGUUGGUCAUAGACAGCGGAGCAACACACACUACAGCUACCCCAGUACAUGAAGGUUAUGUUCUACAACAAGGUAUUGUUAAGAGUCCACUAGCUGGAGACUUUGUCACCAUGCAGUGUAAAGAGCUUUUUGACGAGAUGAAAAUAGACGUGGUUCCCCCAUACCUUAUAGCUUCCAAGGAGUCGGUCAAGGAAGGCGCACCUGCCAACUUCAAGAGGAAAGAAGUACCCCAGGUUACGAAGUCAUGGCAUAACUACAAGGUCAAACAGUUAAUGCAAGACUUUCAGGUCACGACGCUUCAAGUUGCUGAUACACCGUAUGAGCCAGACGCUGCCGAUCAGCUUCCUUCUGUCCUGUACGAUUUCCCCAACGGCUACCAUCAAGAAUUUGCCGAGGAACGAGUCCGUAUUCCAGAGGGACUGUUCGACCCCUCACAUGUUAAGGGCUUUGAGGGCAAUACCAUGCUUGGUGUGGGCCAUGUCGCUAGCACUAGCAUUGGACUUUUAGAUGCUGACAUCAGAGCUGCAAUGUACAGCAAUGUGAUCGUCACUGGAGGAAAUACCUUGUUGAAUGGAUUCAUCGAUCGACUCCAGAGAGAACUUCAAAAUAAAACACCCCAGAACAUGCGUCUGAAGAUCAUUGCCCCCUCCGGAACCACAGAGAGACGGUUCAGCUCCUGGAUAGGAGGAUCCAUCCUGGCUUCUCUAGGAACUUUCCAACAGAUGUGGAUCUCGAGACAAGAAUACGAAGAAGCGGGAAAGAGUUGUGUAGAGCGGAAAUGUCCUUGAAGUAUCGUCAAUGUUUUUGUGUUUUUUUACAAAAUAACCUCAAGGAUUGUCAGUCACAAAUCUGUCUUGAACGGAUACCCUAAAGGGAUGAAAACAUUCACAUGUCAAGAAAUAGUUUGAGUGCUUUUACUCUUGGGCAUGUGUCAUUUUUGUGUAAUAAUGAAGUAAAUUUGUGCACUCGAAAUAAAUUAUUUUGUGCGUUCAAAAUUGUAUUGUGCACUUGAAAUUCGUGCAGACGAAAUAUUAUAUUUAGAGGGCAGGAAAUGAUUUAAGGAGCCUAAAAAUGUUUUAAAGCGCAUAAAUAAUUUAUUUUUGAGUACACAACAUGAUUAUGUGGGUAAACAAUGGGAGCGUCCAACAAUUCAUUGUGAGUGUACAAAAUUAUUUGGGAUGCCUGAAAUCAAAAACUCAAAUUGUUUCCUCUGCUCAUGAAAUUGUUUUCAUGAAGUACUAAGUCCUUUCAUGGAAAGAUUGUUGUUGUUUUUGUUUGAAUUGUCAAGUUCUCUCUCAUGUUACAUGUAAGACCACAUUUUUGUUUAAAAUAAUUUACAGAUUGUCGUGCGACGUGCGUAACGACGUAAUAAGCAUUUCUUGUACAAACUGUUUCGAGGCGCUGGAGUUUUUUUGACUCCUCAAACAGGUUUAAGUCAAUGUAGGAAGUUUAUAAUUCAGAAUAGGAGUU